AUGGCGACAGACUCAUCGCCCGGCAGCGCUGGCCCCCACCCGCCGUCGCUGCUUCUCCUCCCCGCGCCUCCGCGCCCGGCGGCCGCCCGCCACCUCCUCGGCGCUGCCUACCGGGCGCCCCUGACGGCCGUCCUGACGCGCUUGAGCCAGCAGUAUGCACGGCAGGAGGCCCCGGGACCGGCGCCGGUGCUUGUCGUGGCCGUUGCCGGCUCCUCCAUCCUCGCUGCGAGCAGCAGCAGCGCCGAGACCGACGCCAAAGCCGAAAUGGUCCGCUGGAAGCCCGCGCAGUCGCUCCUCGCCCGUCUCUACGCCAUAAUCGCCUCCAUCUGCGCCGAGCGCGACAUCGCCGCCCACCUCGGCAGCCACGAGCCCGGCUCCGUCGACGCCCGCGUCGUCCUCGUCCACUGGAGUGGCCGUGCAGAACAGCCGGGCCUGCCCUGUCGACACGGUCCCGCCGUCUUGGACCUGGCCGCCUUUGCCGCGCAGGUGCGGCCGUGGAGGACCCUCUUCCACACGAGCUGCGAGCCCGGCUGCGAGCUGCUGGCUGCCUAUCUCGCGCACGCCGAGGGGGGGCAGAAGCUGCUGCCGAGCCAGAUCUGCGCCGUCGACGGCGACAUGACCUUUUCCGGUGCAGGCUCCGGCACAGGCUCCGGCACAGGCUCCGGUGCUGAGGUGGCAUGGGAAAAAGACGGCGUUGGAGGAUACAGCACCGUUUGCCUGGGCGGCACCUUUGAUCACCUGCACCCUGGCCACAAGCUGCUCCUCGAAGCGGCCGCGUUGCUGCUCGCCGUGCCCGACAGUGGCGUAGAGCCGUGCACCAUGAUUGUCGGCAUCUCGGGCGACGAGCUGCUCACCAAGAAGGAAUACGCCUCGGAGCUGCAGCCGUGGGAGGUGCGCGCGCGCUCCGUCGUCGCCUUUCUCUCCACGGCGCUCAGCUGCGCCCCGACCACGGCGGCAGCUCCCGUGACCAGGGUGCCGACGACGCCGGGGCCCGAGGGCGGCUCGAGCGCCGCGCCGGAGUUGCACGCGGCGCUGCGCGACGGGGCCGUGCUGGUGCGGUGCGUCGACAUCCGUGACCCGUUUGGGCCGACGGUGACGGAGGAGCGCAUCGGCGCCAUUGUGGUGUCGGGCGAGACGCGCAGCGGCGGGCAGGCCAUCAACGACAGGCGCACGGCGCGCGGGUGGGCGCUGCUCGACGUCUACGAGAUUGACGUGCUGGAUGCGACCGGGACCGAGGCGAGUGACGGGGGAGAGGGUGGUGGCGCGGACAGGGAGGCCAGGCUGGCGGCCAAGAUCAGCAGCACCGAGAUACGGAGGCGCAAGGCUUUGGGCCGAGACGGACAGGGUAAGCGGUAG